AUGGCGUCUCAUGCUGCGAUGCUUCUGAAUCCCAAGGGCUCCAAAAGACAAGCUCAAAGCAAUGGUAAUCCUCCCUUUUCUUCUUCCCCAGCGAGUGGUUUGCCUCCCAUGGACGCUGUCGAUAUGCCCUGCAAGGUUGCCUCAGACAACUCUGAGCCUAUGACCUAUUCUCCUGCGCUUUCUUCCCCUGAUUCUUCUGGUCCCUCUUCGCAUGAUUCUUCGCUCCCUUGCGUGGAUACAAUGGACACCUCGGCCACGCCUAGAGCCCUUCUUGACGCAUCUGAGGCUCCUGUCCAUCUUGACACCCAGAUGGAUACUCAGGACAUGAGUACGGGCAUGAUGCAUCCGGCCGAAUCUUGUGCCGCUUCUGCCCCUCAGAUGGAGACUUCGGUUAUGCAUGCGAAGUCUUUUGGCCCGAGUGACUUUCCCUCCCCUUGUGCUCCCAAUUCGCUUGAUCCAUCUUCGAGUCUUUCUUCUCACGAUUCAUCUUCUCUUGUUACUUUUCCCCCGGCAGACCCCAUGCUUCUCGACCCCACGGAUUCCCAAGGCUUACUUUUGGAAGGUCUAGGAAAAAAACAGGGAAAUGGGUCAUCUCCUGCCUCUCCCAUGGCUCCCACAGGCACUGCAGCUGCUAUACGCUUUCAUGAACCCACCAUUCACACCUCCCCAAAUGUGCCGUCGGGAAUUUCGACCCCGGCUGUGAAGUCUGAAUCCAGCCUGGCAGUGCGGUUCAGCACCACCCAUGAUGAAGACAACGAAAGCGACACGAAAAGAAGUCACCAUGAGAUGAGUGACGACGAGGACAUCAUCCGCCGGCCCAAUUUGAUCGAAGAUAUCUAUGGCGUUGAAAAGCGGAAGAACCAACCAAUGAAAAAAAUAAAGACUGACCAUGACGUGGAAGAGAAGCCGAACAUGGCGACAGCACCAGUGUCGAUCUCUGGAGAUAGCGGGCUUGGGAAGUGGAUGAAGGAGGAGGAUGUGAAACCAACCCCAAUCUCCACUACAUCCAGCGUUGUGGAUUUGACAGCAGACCUUGCGGACUCACCGAAGGACGAUGACGAAGUCCUAUGCACCGGUUCAACCGAUCUCAGCACCCAGCGUGUCUGCUACGGCAAAGUCGAAAACGCAUUAAUUGCCGCCCAUACGGUCCCACGACCAGGCCCCUCCGUGUUUACCGACUGGUCGCACGCUUGGCCGUCAAUCAAAUUAGAGCUGCAACGCCAGCCGGUUCAUGGAAAUUUUCAGAUUGAGGUCGCGGACCCUCACGGCAAAGUUUUCGGUACAAUUGACCCUAAAACGGCACACGGACUGGUUCCCCUUAUGGACUCCAAAACAGACAUCAUCGAAGUGAUAGGCUUAUUGGAUAUCCGAAGAGCCUCGCCUAAUGAAGAAAUUUGGGCUCCUACCACAGGGAUGUGGCGUGCAACCCUCAAUAUCUACGGCCAAAGAAAGCACGCAGAGGCUGUCGGGAACUUCCUAUCCCACCGCAACAUCUGGCUAGGAACUCCGAAUUCCGUAGAUAAAGGGACUACUGUGUUCAAUCCACACGCGGAGAGCCGACGCCAGCUUGCCGCCGCAACCGCUGCCGCUAACAACUCCGGGCGGUCUCGCCCGGGGCCAACCGUCCGAUAUGAAGCGCGAACUGCCGAAGAAGCCAAUGAUGCAGUCAUGAAAAUGUUCGACCAGCUCGCUAACGCGAACAUUCCGACGAUGGAGCCAUCUCAUCACAUCACCACACCAAUGCUGCCUCACCAAAAGCAAGCGCUUUGGUUCAUGACGGAGAAAGAGAAGCCGCGCAAAUACGGCCGAAAAGAAGAAGACAACAAUUCCUUGUGGCGAAUGGAACGUGCACCCAAUGGGAGGACUCAAUACCGCGAGAUCAUCACUGGAAUGAUCUCAGAGCAAAAGCCCGAGGAGGCCCUAGGCGGCUUGUUGGCCGACAUGAUGGGCCUGGGCAAGACUCUGAGUAUUCUUUCGUUAAUCACGUCCUCGCUUGGGUUAGCUGAUGACUGGACUGAGAUGGCUCCUGAUCCCGCCCUUGUUCGCCAAAUUCCAGGAAUUCGUAACACACGGACAACACUAUUGGUUGUCCCGUUGAGUGCAGUGAGCAACUGGACGACACAGAUCACAGACCAUCUUAAGCCACGCACCAUCAGCUAUUACAUCUUUCACGGCCAAUCGCGCAUCACUGAUUCCAGCCUGCUUUCUGAGUACGAUAUCAUUAUCACGACAUACAGCACCAUUCUCAGCGAGAUCUCAGGGCGUGGCGCCAAAAAAGGAAAACUCAGUCCUUUAACAAAAAUGAACAUGUUCCGGAUUGUUCUUGACGAAGCUCAUAUCAUCAGAGAACAAAAUGCGGCACAGACCAGGGCGAUCCUCGGGCUCAACUGCGAGCGUCGGUGGUCUGUUACCGGAACCCCAAUUCAAAACCGCAUGGAAGAUCUCCUCUCUGUGACCAAGUUUUUACGGAUCGCUCCAUACGACCAACGAAGCCAAUUUUCCCAACACGUAACUAGCCCGGUGAAAAAUGGUGAUCCCAAUGUGCUUGCCAGGUUGCGAGUUUUGGUGGAUUCAUUCACCUUGCGCAGAGUCAAGGACAAAAUCAAUCUGCCACCCCGGAGAGACAAUGUCAUCAAAUUGGAAUUUACCGAGGAAGAACAGCAAUUGCAUGACUUCUUCCGCGCAGAAUCAAAUGUCAUGAUGAGCGUCAUUGCUGGUGAGGACAAACGCACGAUGGGUGGCCGGAUGUACCACCAUGUUUUGAAAGCCAUGAUGAUUCUCCGCCAAGUCAGUGCACACGGGAAAGAACUUCUUGACGUUUCAGACCGGGCGAGAGUCAAGGGAUUUUCUGCUAACGAUGCAAUUGACUUGGAGGAGGGCGAACCGGGCGCAACCCCGGCAGCCAUGGACAAGAAGGCAUAUGAAAUGUUCGCCCUAAUCCAGCAAGCCUCAACCCCCGUUGCUGCCAUUGUAAUGGAGAACUCAAUGAACCUCUGA